AUGAAGAUUUUUGUUCCGCUUCCUCAUCCGCACUUCUUGGCCCAGAAUGAGACGAUCUGCGUGAUCAACCUACAUGUUGCGCUAUAUUUAGCCAACGGCAGGCUGGCUCGCUGCAUAAGCUUCAUUGGCUGCUGGUUGCCUAUCUGCACCUCGCCUGUUGACCUGCUCCUUGUUUGCAAGCGUUUCGUGUUUCUCCGCUCUCAUUUAAAUGUCUCCAUAUCUAUCUCUUCUUCUUCACUACACGCAGUCAUAUCAAUCUAUCCCACAAUUCGAGUAUUUUACUUGCUGCCCCUCUCAUCCUCUCUCACCUCCCCGACACCGUUGUGUCUCAAUCUCAAACCCGGGGAGCGCCCCUGGAAGAAGGACCCAGCUGCUGCAGUGCAUUCGGCAACUUGGUCCUCCACAACUUCCUCAAAUGUUUCCCUAGUCAAGUCCAGCAAGCCAUUGUCCCAUGCUAAUCCAUCCGGGAAACUUCGUCCGCCAGCGAAUGACGCAAACAGAGUUGGCGAUAUUGGCGGCCUUCCACCAACAAAUCUAUCGGUGACUCCUUCCAGACUCCAGCGCCCAGGCUUGACGAAUCUCUGGGAGAGGGCAAACGAGACUCUGCGGAACGACCCCGAUUCCGAGAAAAGGGAGCUGGCCCAAAGUUAUGCCGAGAUUUUAGCCUCGGAACUUGCUGGGCCAGAGUCUGGGCCUUUGGACACCGAUCCGGCUCAUCUCAAACAAGAGAUAGUGGCAGAACGUUUGAACGCUAGAGUGGAAAUGCUUAGCCAUGAGCAACUGUCCAUCUCUGUCGGAAGCCGCGAGCUUGAUAUUGAACCCUUGCUUCGGAACGUAUCGAAACACAUCGUUGCAGCGAGGGACCUCAUUAGCAGUGCUGCUGGCGCCGACCCCCACGCCGCCCUAGCGUGUGCCGGUGGACUCGUCAUUCUCACCUUUCUUAUCCGCCCAUUGGAGCAGAGAGAACACAUACUCAGAGGGCUUGAACUGACCUCUUCACUCAUCUGUCGAUACUUUGCGAUGGAGCAGGUUUACCGUUCGAGAGCACGCCUUGAGAGUCUGUCAGCAGAAUUGGCCAGAAAGCUUGUAUUGGAUUUGGAACAAAAUCUGAUCAAGCUGUACUCGAAUAUCAUCGAGUUUCAGGCCAGAGCACUAUGCUAUCUUCAUCGAACCCGAUCGACUCGGUUUAUUAGAGACGUGUUCAGAGGCGAUACAUGGAAGACCCUCAUUGAAGAGAUCGAGAGACUCGAUGCCCACUGCCGUGCUUUCGCAAACCUCAUCACCGACGAAAAGAUUCUCACGUUUCUAGAAUCUCAUUCCGAGAAAGUUGAACAAGUCAUCAUCAACAUCAAUACGCCCCAACCCGUCUCAUUCAAUCUUCUGCGAAGAAGGACAGCGCUUCUCCGCACCCUGUACGCCUGCCCAUACCGCGAUCGUAAAGAGAUCAAUCCAGAAAGAGCACCAGGGACCUGCGAGUGGUUCACCGAGCAUGGCUACUUCAGCAAUUGGAUGUCUGCAGUAGACUCGAAGAUCUUGCGAAUUUCGGCAGAUCCUGGCUGCGGCAAGUCAGUGCUCUCGAGAUAUUUGGUAGACGAAAUCCUUCCAAGCACCUCGUUUCGGACGACGUGCUACUUCAUCUUCAAAGAUGAUUUUGAGGAUCAGAAACUUGCUUCCAUUGCGAUGUGUUGCAUUUUGCGGCAGCUCUUCGAGCAAAACCCUGACUUGAUGGACGAGAGAACUUUGGCAAAGUUCGAGGCGGCCGGCGACAACUUUAUGCAAUUCAUUUCCCAGUCUUUUCGAGAUGCUACUCGAGGCUUCGAUGAGAAUUGUAGGCAGAUCACUGCUGCACUGAGCAAGUUCUACAUGAACCCCGGUGAGGGCAGCCGCCUUAAAGUCAUCAUCAAGUCUAGACCGUACGCCCGCAUUCAGCGAAGCUUACAAAAGCUCGAGACCUCUGUACCGGCUAUCCAUCUGAGGGGCGACAGUGAGUCGCAAUUGAGAAAAAUCUCUGGCGAGAUCGGCGUCGUCAUUCGCCACAGAGUUAGGACCAUCGCGGAAGCUCGACUACUGGAACCUCAUGAGAUUGAGUUGCUGGAGCAAAGCUUGUCAAACUCACAACAUCGAACCUAUCUAUGGGUCAAGCUCGCACUCGAUUACAUCGAAGACCGUCUCGAGUCUCUUACGAACAAAAGUAUCCAAGCCGUCUUGAGAAGCGUGCCGGAGAAGCUAGACGGGCUAUACGAAAAGAUUCUGGAUCGAAGUGCGAACAAGGAACGAGCCCGAAAGGUUCUACAAAUCAUCCUUGCGGCGUUUACACCGUUGUCUCUCGAUGAAAUAUCCACGGCACUUUGCAUCGAAAAAGAGCACAGCAGGGGCUCACAACUCAUCAAAGAGCCCACUCAUAGGCUUCAGUCAUAUUUGAGAGACAUCUGCGGGCUGUUUGUGACCGUUGUUGAUGGGAGUGUCUAUCUCCUUCACGAAACUGCCAGAGAGUUCUUGAUCAGAAAUUCGGAUUCUGUGGGGCUUGAUGCGCAUGAUGAAACAUACAAAUCGACCUGGCUACACUCAAUCACACUCCGAGAGUCACACUUAGUUGUGGCAAAAGUAUGCGUCUGGUAUCUCAUGAAGAAGGACUUCGACAUUUCUGCCGGAACUCACUCUGAAUGGGAAAUGGCAACUUAUACUUCGAGGUACUGGGCCCGUCACCUCAACAGCAUCGAUGCACAGGACAUCGAAUAUAUUGCAGAUGAAACGAUGUAUCUCUGUAAAACAGCUCUUAAGCGAGAUGGACCGCUUCAUACUUCCCACCUCAUGCGGAAAUACAGACCCCCGAGAUGGCAUUUCGAUAUUGGGUUUGACAGCCUGGCUUCGUCUUGCUUACACCUACUUGGCAACGUGCGAGGAGGCCCCUUGAUUGUCGCCAUGAUACUUGGCUUCGACUGGGUGCCCUAUGACUAUGGAGACAUUGCUCUCAAUGGGGUCCGGAGCACCCCUUUGACAGUAGCAAUAGCUCACAAGCACAAUGCUGUGGCACAUGCACUGCUAAAGGAUCCGAGAAUAAGUAUCACCACUCGUUGUCGUGUGCGCCGCAAUUGGACCCCCAUGCACUACGCGAUCGCGGCAGACAACUUCGAACUUUUUCAGCUCCUUUUAGCUGAGGAACGCACUUUUGCCGGCUGGACUUCCGCCGACUUGGCUGAUUUACUGACGCACUCUAUCAAAUGGGGUAGUGCGCAAACUGUCAAUCACUUAUUCUCUGACAGUCGGUUUGACUUCAACUCUUCGGAUUCAAAGACUUGGCGAACUCAAUUUUGCCAACUUGCGAAUCCAAUGGAAAAGAAUGAACUUCUUCCGAGCUUUUCAGAGGAAGAACGUCUCAACAUGAUGCGAAUUUUUGUGGAAACCCAUCAAGUUGACUUCGCCAGAUCCGAUCGCGGAGGUAGAUCUCCCGUCAGCUGGGCGGCGAGCAGACCCGCCAAUGCGGUCAUUUUGACAUAUUUGCUGGACGAGCUCAACCUUGAGCCAGAUACUCUGGAUAGGCAAGGUCGGAGUCCAUUAUCCUAUAGCGCAGAAAUUUACUGCUACCGGAACAUUGAUGCCUUGCUACGGACGGGAAAAGUCAAUAUCAACUCAGUUGACAACGAAGGUCGGACUCCCCUCGUGAAGGCGACGCAACUCCAAUUUCGGGCGAAGGUCACAAAACGUAAUCCCGCCGAAAGAAAAUACAAAAUGCGGCGCGUCAGCUCGGCAAUUGCCACAUUGAGAUUAUUGGAUCACGCUCCCGAUGUCAAUCUUCAAGACGUCGAAGGGAAUACGGCCCUGAUAAAUGCAGCUCAAAACCGCGUGGUGGAGGGCGUUAGAGCGCUGAUAAGACACGGAGCAGAUGUCAACGUCCAAGACAUUCAUGGUCGCACAGCGCUAGCUCACGCGGCAGAAAAGUUGUGUUUCGAGUCCGUGGAAGCAUUACUCAAGGCGGGCGCAGACGCGAAUUUGUGCGAUGACGAAGGCAGAUCACCUCUCUGGUUGGCGACUGAGUCGAUGAAUCAUUUGCUCCCGAGAUACGAUAUUCAUGCAAAGGAGAAGAUGGCGGAUUAA